ACAACCCCCCGCGCGGCGCGCGCCUGCCUUCUUUCCGGCGGAGCGCGAGGCGAGCGGCUCCCUCAGUCUGGCAGGCUCGUUGUGCUGCGGGAGCCCCUGCAAAAAUGGCAACCAACUUCCUCAUGCACGAGAAGAUCUGGUUUGAUAAGUUCAAAUAUGAUGAUGCUGAGAAACGGUACUAUGAGCAGAUGAACGGUCCAGCCUGCAGCUCUUCCUGCCAGCAGGAGAACGGAGCCAGCACCAUCCUGCGCGACAUUGCCAGAGCCAGGGAGAAUAUCCAGAAGUCACUGGCCGGACUCAAGACAGUUUUGCAAAGCCCUCAUGAAGCCCCUCCUGUUCGGCGCAAGAAGCACUCAAGUCCUGCGACUAGCGUGAGCGGCCCCUCUCCCACAGGACCAGCUGGAGACCAAAGCGAGGUGGUCACCAGGAUUGCUAAUCUGGAGGCAGAGAACCAACACCUUCGUAGCGUGGUCACAGACCUCCAAGUGGCUAUCUCCAAAUUGGAGUGCCGUCUGAGUGUGCUGGAAAGGGCAUCUGCUUCUUAUCAUCCCUCCCCACCUCCACCAACACAGCAUGUCACCCCCAUGAAGAAAGUUGAACCGCUGGCCAUGACAUCAAGGAAAGUGACGCUCCCUUCAGCUGCACCUGCAACCAAAGAAGAAUCCCCAGCUGGUGCCACCACUGCUGCUGCAGAGGAAGACGAUGACAUUGACCUGUUUGGCAGCGAUGAAGAUGAGGAAGACCAGGAAGCUGCCCGCCUCCGGGAAGAACGGCUAAAACAGUAUGCAGAGAAGAAGUCCAAGAAGCCAGGCCUGAUUGCCAAGUCCUCCAUCCUUCUCGAUGUCAAGCCGUGGGAUGAUGAAACGGAUAUGGCUAAGAUGGAGGAAUGUGUCCGAUCUGUUCAGAUGGAUGGCCUUGUCUGGGGGGCUUCAAAACUGGUCCCAGUGGGCUACGGCAUCAAGAAACUCCAGAUCCAGUGUGUGGUGGAGGAUGACAAAGUUGGGACAGAUAUCCUGGAAGAGGAGAUUACCAAAUUUGAAGAUUAUGUGCAGAGUGUUGACAUAGCUGCUUUCAACAAGAUCUAACGGCAAACCUUUACCCUUUCUAAAGCUAAUAAAAGGUUAAGAGUUGGAGA